AUGCAGGAGAUGGGCAGCACCCAUCGAGGCCCUCAGCGGGUCUUCAGCGUCCUGGAUCGCCUGCUGCUCACACAUCCCGUGUGGCUGCAGCUGUCACUCAACCAGGACUCCGUCCUCUACGUCCUGCUUAGGGAGCCUGUUGGGACAUUUCUGGUGCGUAAAUGCAGCUCCAGCCAGAGGAAGGUGCUGUGUUUGAGAGUGACGGCGGACAAAAGUGCCUCCUCUGUUAAGGAGUGCUUCAUCUGUGAGGACGACUCCACAUUCGCCUUGGAGAGCUCGGCGCUCACCUUCCCUGACCUGUGUCGACUGGUGGCCUUCUACUGUAUCAGCAGAGAUGUGUUGCCCUUCCCGCUGCAGCUACCAGAGGCCAUCGCUAAAGCCACAACACACAGGCAGCUGGAGGCCAUCUCACACAUGGGACAAGAGUUCUGGAGCACACCGACGGCUUCAGAGAUCAAAAACGGACCGGUGUACCCGGUGGCGUCAACCAGCGUCAGCCAGGGCCAGACGUCGGCGGCCCAGGACCUACGUCUGUCCCUGGGUAGACCAGGCAAACUCUGCUUCAUCAACCCGCUCUUCCUACAGCUGGAGGUCAGCAUGCAGCCACAACUCAUUAACCACAGUGCCUCCAAUAAACGGCACCGCUUCAAGCGCAGCAUGCGGCUCCGGCUCUCCGAGUCCUCCAUGAAUCUGUCCCUGGAGGGGGUCGGCUCCUACUCGCCUCCCUCGUCACUGGAGCUGCCGGGAGGGUCAGAGAGGCUGCAGAAGGCCGGCAGCAACCCACAGAGAAAAGUUCACCCUGGGGCGGGCGUGCUGAGGAGAACCCCCGCCGUAUCACCGGGUUCUGUGGAUGAAGAGGACAUGAUGUCUGUCUAUGUGCCACAAACAUCUGCAAAUGUGGAGGGGCCCCCACAGGCCCGGCAGUCCAUCCGGGCAGAGGCGCAAGGCAUCGAGGUGGCGGUUCUGGCCCUGGAGCGCCGCCCGGCUCCGUCCCUCGCCGAGCUCGACAGCAGCAGCUCCUUCAGCAGCAUGGACGAGGACAGCGACUCGGAUUCAGAUCCGGAGAGCAUGGCCCAGGCCCAGGCUCACUUCUACCAGCGUCCGCCGCUCGUGCGCUCUCGAGGCCGCGGCGGGCUGCACCGCAUGAGCGAGGCGUUCGUCUGUUUCUUCGCUCCGGACAAGCGGCUGACGCGACUGGUGGAGGAGCUGUCCAGGGACAGGCGCUCCAUCUUUGGCGGCAUGGUCCAGGACUUCCUCCUGGCACAGAGAGAGGUGCUCAAAUCCCUGGCUUCCUCUUCCUCUUCCUCAUCCUCUUCCCGUGUGACCUCUGUGCAGCUCCUGCAGGGUCUGCGCCUCUUUCUGUCUCAGGCAAAGUGCUGCCUGCUGGACAGCGGAGAGCUGGAGCCUCCCAUCGAGACGCUGGUGCCCGAGAAUGAGAAAGACCUGGCGCUGGAGCGAGCCAUGUUCUCCUGCGUGCUCCGGCCCCUGAGGUCCCACCUGGAGAAAGCUCUGGUGGCGUCGCACAACCAGGACGGCACCAGCCAGCGCCUCACCCAGAACAUGAUCCGCCUGAAGGGGGACGCCGCCAUGGAGCAGCUCGGCGUGCGGACGGGCGUCCCCGACAGCCGCGAGGUGGAGAGGGUGAAGCAGAAGCUGCUCCUGAUGCAGAGGACGCACUCCCCCAUCGACAAGGUGCUGCUGCUGCUGCAAGUGUGCAAGUGUGUGCACAAGGCCAUGGGGUCCUUACACGGACAGGAAGUGAGCUGGGAAGACUUCCUGCCGUCGUUGUCCUACGUGAUUGUGGAGUGCAACAGGCCUCACAUCCUGAUAGAGGUGGAGUACAUGAUGGAGCUGCUGGAGCCCUCCUGGCUCGGAGGAGAGGGUGGGUACUACCUGACCAGCAUGUACGCCAGCCUGUGUCUGAUCCAGAGCCUGGACAGGGAGCAGCAGCUCUCAGGCUGCCUGACCCCGGAGGCCCAGGAGGCUCUGGAGGAGUGGAGCUGCAGACGGAGCCGAGAGGCCCAGAGACAAAAGGAGAGCCAGCAGAGCCAGAGGUGCGUUCGGAUACUGUUCCAGGACGGGGAGCGGAGCGCCGUGCGGACGUUGCAGUGGAGAGCCGGGGAGACGAGCCAGGCCCUGGCGCAGCUGUGCGCCGCCACUUUCGGAGUGUCCGACCCGCAGCAAUACACCUUGUACUGGCGCAGCGGCGGCGAGAUGAGGGCCCUGCCGCCUCAGGCCCAGCCCCAGGACCUGGCCAGCCACAGCGAGGGGGGCCCCUCGCUCUCCUACCUGAGGACCGACCACGACUUCAGCAAGAUGCGGCGGCUCACCAGAGGUGGCGCCGUGGACCUGAGCGAGUCAGUGUGUGAGGAGUGAGUGGGAGGAAUGGAGGAAGGAGGAAGGAGGAGGAGGAGGAGGAGAUGGAUGGUUGCUCUCGCUUUCUCUCUCUCUUUCUCUCUCUCUUGUUCUGUCUCUUUUUUUCUCCGGGCGGUGUGUUGUGUCUCGUCGUGGGUUCAGGACUCGUUUUGAAAAAACCACAGCCCUUCUCCAGACUAGGAGCAGACCUUUAACGGUAAACUCUUUCCUGAAAAAAAUGGACCAACAAUGCCGAGCACAGCAGGACCAACGGUUGUACUAUGUACCACUCAGUGUGGCUGCUGGUGUAAAGCAGUGUACUACUAUUUGUGACAUGGAAAAUGUGUAAUAAAUGGAUUUUGUUUUGUUAUUUGAAACAUGAACCCAGAGUUAUACCGUGAUAGGGAUUACAUCAUUAAAAAACGUGUGGAGGCUCAAAUCCAAAGACAAAUUCUGUGAGACUACUGUUGCCUGGAAACAAAAAUCACUUCCUGUACGCACACGAGAAGGCAAAUUGUCCACCGUGGUGAUGUAACCCUUUCACAGUAUAGUUCUGGGCAACAAUCUAAAAAGACACUUGGAUGUUUUAUUACUUCACUUUUAUGUUGGAUGGAUACCACGUUGUUAACGGCUUUUUUUCGGUGCCCCCUGGAAUACAGUUAGACAAAAAAAAGGGUGAGAUGUGUUAUAGCCGAGACCAAACCUCAAUACCAAAGUGACAAAAAAACACAGAUAAAGAGAGGCCACCUUGUGAUACAACAGGUGUUUACCUUGAAAGAAAUGUCAAGCUCGAGGGAAGCUUUUAAAUCAGCUGUUUAUUUUUAGAGUCAACCACGGAGACAAUUUUAUUUUUUUGCUUAUUUUAGUGCAGACUCUCCUCCCCGCUGGCGUAUUCUAUUAAGUGUUUUUUGGCAGGUGGAGUAAUGAGCGAGUGGGAGGGAAGUGACAAGAAAAGCAUCGGGCUCUCUUGUUUUUUAAAACCCGAGUGAGAAACAACAUCACAUCGACGCGCCGAGACAACCUGCGACAGAUUUACUGAAUGACUUGCGAAUGUAUUAAAAACGUGUCAGACUUUAAUCCCUUCACAACUGCAUUCAUUUCACCUUUCAACUCACCGCUUUUUUGAGUUCUACUGUUUCUCUUGGCCGUACUGUAAAAUAACGUCACGACCGGUCUGACCAAUAAACCAGGACCUCUCGGUGACUGGUAGAAUGUAAAUGUCAAAGGUCACCAGCUUCUGGUAGCUCCUGCUGCAAGUCAUCACUAUCAACUGACUGUUCUACUCCGUGUCAUUAUCAAUUAUCACGUUGUGUAUUUUAAAACUAACUUUUAAUUGUUCAACUUGUCGGGUAGAUAUCAAACCUAAGUAUGGAUUUUCAACAUAUCGGGAGUUUUUAAAUCAGCUGAGGGGGUUCAUUUUGAGAACUAUGACUCUGUGUUUUGAACAUUAUUGCAUGCUUUUUCAUUUAACGUGAAGGUUCUGCGAAUGUGGUGCGCGUGAAGCAUGUGUUCAUUGUGAGAGCUCACUAUUUCUUUUUCUUUCUUUUUUUUUUCGGUGUGAAAAAACACAUUACUGUAUUUUGUCAGGUAACUCCGUAUCGCAAUAAAAAAAAUUGCAAUAUCUGUUGA